AUCCAGCUCUGCGACGUCUACUUCGCGACGUCCCCGACUACGUUGAUCUACAACUUGGUCUUUGCACCCAUGUCGCUCUCUACGACGAGUUCUUUGCGGCCGUUGACUGCUCGGACAACGAACUCCUCCGCAGCCUCCGCUCGGGUUUCCCGAUCGUUGGCGAGAUCCAGCGGUCUGGUCGGUGGCCGCCAUUCAGCAAACCACAAAAGCCGGUGCCUGUUCAAGAGGCGCUUGCACGGGCCUGGGAGAUGUCCCUCUGGGAGUCCACGCUCGAGGACGUCAAGGAGGCCUCCACGGUGGGACCCUUCGGAUCUGAAGAAGAGGUUUCCGAGUUCCUGGGGUGCUCUGACUGGAUCCCAACGCAGAGGUUCGAGGUCGUGCAGAAGAACAAGGUUCGUGGUUGCGAUAGCGCUACGUCGAACCUCAUUAACCAGACGGCCGUGAUCACGGAGAAGUUGGAGCUCACGUCGACGGAUCUCCAUGUCGCGGUUCUCCGUGAACUUCGGACUCGCGGUGGCGAUCGCCAACUGCAAGGGUGGGUUCUUGACGAGCGCAAAGCCUAUCGUCAGCUGCCGAUCGCGCCUCACCACCGCAAGUUCAGCGUCAUCUGCUUGAAGGAUCCUUCGGAUGGCGUGCCCAAGUUCUUUGUGAUGAUUGGCCACUCCUUCGGGUUGGUCGCUGCAGUCUACAACUAUAACCGCCGAUCGGCGAUGAUCAACGACAUCUUUGUGAAGUUGUUCAACAUGGUCGCCUUCAACUUCUACGAUGACAGGUACGGCUUCGAGACGGAUCUCACCUCCCGAUCGGCCAGGACAGUUGCCGAAUGUGUUCACUUUUGGCUUGGAGCUCUCUUCGACGAUAAGAAACUCCAGUUGUCGUUCUCUCCGGUGAUCCUGGGGGUCACGUUCAAUCUCGAGCUCCUCGUUCUGGAAAUCAAAGAUCAGCGGAGAAAGGAGCUCACGGAGAUGAUCGACGGCAUCCUCGAGACGGGUUCCCUGGAUCCAGGGACGGCCGGAAAGCUCAAAGGGAAGCUGAUGUUUGGGGCGAGCCAGCUCUGGGGAAAGGCCGACGUCGUGAUCUUCACGGAUGGUUUCACUCCAGAUCAAAGGAAGUCGGAGAUUGGCGACGAUCGCAUCGGCGCAGUGAUGUUCGAUAGGCGGGCCGCUCAGCCUAAGCAGUUCUCCGAGGUGAUCCCCACUGAAGUCUCAGAGCGCUGGAUCUCGCGCAAGACACAGAUCGUGCCGAUCGAGAUGAUCGCACCGAUCCUGGCGCUCGAGACCUUUCGGGACCACGUGAAGAACAAAGACGUUCUCCUUCUGAUUGAUUCGGAGGCGGUCGAG